GUUUGCAGGGCAGCCUUGUGGAUGGCCCCGGAGCAGGCCCGAUGGAAGAAGAAAGAAGCCACCAUGAUGAGGGAAGUACAUUGAGUCAAUUACUAAUAAAUCCAUCACCUGCUUGCCAAAACAAUCCAGCAAAAUUACAAAAUGGGAGCCUGCCAACUGAAAUAUCCCAAGCCCAAGUCAAUGGAGACAGCUGUUUACAGACCAAGAACAGCUAUGGUGUCACACACAUGAAGGGAAACCAGGACAGCUCUGACCUAGUACAUGAAAACAGAGUAUAUCCAAAUUUACAUAAUGGUGCAAUAAAGCGCACGCUUAGUGAACCUUUGCUGGCAGAGUAUUUUCAGCAGAAAAAAGUCAAAGGCGUUGGAGAAGUGAAUGGAGAAAAUGAGGGAGAAAUAAAUGGACAACACAUCCAACCAGAAGUUUCUGAAUUUUGUAGCAAAGACAAAGCUGUGAGAACAGAAGAAGAUGAAAAUGAACAUGCUCAGGUUCCCAAUGAGCAGAACAAAGACCUUAAUUCCCCAAACAAUGACAAUGCUUUGUAUCAGAAAGAUGAGACAAUUCCAUUGUCCAAUGGUGCUACUGUUUUUGCCUCUUCCUUGAAGUUGACACAUGAGGAAUUAUUGGAGAAAACAUGUUCUCAAUAUUACCCUGAAAAGGUUUCUCUGGCAGUGCAGAAUAACACCCCUCACACUGUUGCCAUUAAAACUCUAAAUGAUGCUAGCAAUGAUGUGUCUCCCCAGACAAAUCAUUCACCACAUACCUCAGGGCAGAUUACUUCCCAACUAUCCUUGAACUUGGUGCUGUCUCAAGGGCCAGGUGCUAUGACUGCUGAGGCUCCCAAUGGUGACAAGUGCAGUGAGCCAGCCAUGAAACCAGGAAGCUUUUCACUUCACAUACCAGAACAGAAACCACUUCCACAAGAGGCACCAAAUUAUAAUUCCCAAAAUAUAAAUGAAAGAAAUUGUGAAGCACAUGAUACUGGGCGCCCAGUGUGCUCAGAACAAGUUGCUGUUUCUACAAAUCCAUCGUACCAUGGCAUCACUAAUCGACCUAAUGACAGCUUUUCUGAGGAUUUCAAUAGAGAUCAUUUUACCUUAAUGCAGUUGAAUAAGUUACUGUUUGCCCAAGAAACUGACAGCUACAAAACCUCCCAAAACCUAUGUAGUGAUAAUUUAUUACACUCACAAAAUAAUGAAUCAUGUCAACCAUUUGAUCCAAGAAUGAUCUCUCAGCCAGCUCUUUUGCAGUCUCAGAACAGUAAGACAUUACCCACUCUUGGGCUGCCUUCUCUACACUGCUCAUCAGGAACAGAUCCACCCCAAGAACACAAUGGGCAGACAAAUUGUACAGUUAACAACUAUCCAGAAAAGCUAAAAGAGCAAAAUUCACAAAAAGGGAGUGAUCAACGCAAUGGGAUGGAAGGAGAUGCUAUGGAUAUGAUGGAGCAAAGAAGACCGUUUCUUAAAUCAAACUUCAAAGAUUUUCGAAGAAAUCAUUGUCUGAAGGAGGAAAAUUCACAGUCUUCAGAGGAUUUACUAAGAUUACUUAUGUUUUCACAGUCACAAAGUCAAAAGAAGCUUAAGCAAUAUACAAGAAAACAGGGCAACAUGAAUCGGGGACAAGCUAGUGAGGACAUAGGGGAAGGAAUAUCACCACUUCAACCUCAUGGGCAGCAGCUAAAUUUCCAAAAGCACUUAUCCCAAGGAGCGGGCACAGAUACACAACUGCAGUCCUAUGAACAGAAAAACAGCUCUAUGCUUUUCCUGCCCUCUCAUUCAGAGCAGCAAACUGAGCAAACAUUUGACCAUCCUUUAAAACGGCACUUAAACCUACAAACAUCUGAAGGCGAACAAUUUCCACAUAACAUAAUACAGCCGUUACACCAACAGGCUUUGCAUUCAAAACAGUCCGAAAGUUCACAGUUUCAUCCAAACCCACACUUUCAGAGACAAAAUCAAGAUUUUAACAUGGUCAAAGAGCAUUUACCACACUUUCACUCUCAAUCGCUCUACAACAACACUCCACCCAGGGCAAGUCCACAGAAUCACAUAAAAAUGGAGGAAAGCUCUCAAGCAGCCAAUCAGUACCAGAAUAUGCAUCAGUAUCAUCUCUCCACUCAAGAUAUCGAGGGGCAACUGAGACAUGGUUCAAACAACACAAAUUUAAAUUUUAAUCAAGUUCUGCCUGGCUCAAAUAGAAAAGAUCAGUAUGGAUCCAAAAACCUGGAAUCUGGUAAAGAUCAUGUAAAAGUUAAAGCAGAAGCUAUUGAGCAAUAUUACCAAGCUAGCAGAUCCCAAGAUCAGCAUGGUUAUCAAGAGCAGAAAAUCAACAGCAACCUUCCCAUUUUAAACCCUAACCACAUGACACAGGGAAGGUCAACCCCACAAAAUCUAGUAAACCAGAAUAGAUACUUACCACAAAGUAAUUCUGCUGCUCAGCAUUUGCGAGAUCAAACAGGAUACCAUCCUCAGUUCGCAAAUCAGAUGAAUUGUAUUCCAAAGCAUGCUGCUCUAAGACAUCAUUUACUUCAGCGCAGGGAGCAAACCAAACUUGAAAUUUCCCCGCCACGUGGAUCUGUCAAAGUGGAGAACAGCUCACAGUCUGUCUGCAUGCGAACACCCAAUGAAAGCAAAACAGGGAAAAAAACAAUCAAACCACAGAUUCAGCAUUUUCAACACCUACAACAAAGGAGUAUUCUUGAAACAAUGGAACAACAACUGAAACAGUAUCCGAGUAAAUCAUUGUUUCACCAUCAUGUGUCUACCAUAAAAUCGUCCAAGAACAUGAAGGUGGAGUCCUCAGGCCCCGUUACAAUUCUGACUACACACACUAACUCUUCAACACUAGACCAUCCACAAGAAAAAACCCCAACGAAAAGAGCAGCAGGAUCUGCUCUGAAUAAUUUUUUAGAAUCCCCUACAAAUCUCCUAGGAACCCCUAUUAAAAAUCUAUUGGAUACGCCUGUGAAAACUCAGUAUGAUUUUCCAUCAUGUAGCUGUGUAGAUCAAAUCAUAGAAAAAGAUGAAGGACCAUAUUACACACAUCUUGGUGCUGGACCGAAUGUGGCAGCUAUUAGAGAGAUUUUGGAAGAGAGGUUUGGUGAGAAGGGCAAGGCCAUCAGGAUCGAAAAAGUUAUCUAUACAGGGAAAGAAGGAAAGAGCUCUCAGGGAUGUCCAAUUGCAAAAUGGGUCAUUCGUCGAAGUGGACUUGAGGAGAAAAUGCUGUGUUUGGUGCGAGAACGAGCAGGUCACUCAUGUGAAACUGCUGUGAUAGUGAUUUUGAUCCUGGUCUGGGAAGGCAUAUCAACAACCUUAGCAGAUAAGAUGUACACUGAACUCACCGAAACGAUUCGGAAGUAUGGAACCUUGACAAACAGACGUUGUGCUCUUAAUGAAGAGCGUACCUGUGCAUGCCAGGGGCUGGACCCUGAUACCUGUGGUGCCUCGUUUUCUUUUGGGUGCUCUUGGAGUAUGUACUACAAUGGGUGCAAGUUUGCUAGAAGUAAAAUACCCAGAAAGUUCAAACUUCUUUGUGAUGACCCAAGAGAGGAAGAGAAAUUGGAAGACAGUCUUCAGAACUUGUCAACCAUGAUAGCACCAAUCUACAAGAAGCUUGCACCAGAUGCCUAUAAUAACCAGAUAGAGCAUGAGCACAGGGCCCCAGAUUGCCGACUUGGCAAAAAGGAAGGUCGCCCUUUCUCAGGAGUUACCACUUGUUUGGACUUUUGCGCUCAUUCCCACAGAGAUCUGCACAAUAUGCAAAAUGGCAGCACACUGGUUUGCACUUUAACCAGAGAAGACAAUCGUGAAACUGGGAAAAUUCCCCAGGAUGAGCAGCUGCACGUUUUACCUCUUUAUAAAGUCUCUAAUGUGGAUGAAUUUGGCAGCACAGAGGUGCAGGAAGAGAAGAAAAGAACAGGUGCUAUCCAGGUCCUAACUUCUUUCCGCAGGCAAGUGAGAAUGCUGGCAGCGCCCGUGAAAACCUGUCGGCAAAAGAAGAUGGAAGCCAAGAAGGCAGCAGCUGAAAAACUCUCAGCAAACUCAGAAAAUGGCCCAGGCAAAGGUGAAAAAGAGAAAUCUUCUCGUUACAAGAAUGCACAUUCUGAAAUAGCUAACCAUGAAAAACAGCUUGCAGAUCUUUUGCGAAUUUCAGGACAAACCAUGCAACCGGGCUCCAUUCCUAAUAUUGGCCACGCAGACCCCAUUAAUUCAUUUCCUACGGCAGAUCAAAACAACCCUUAUGCAAGAAUCUCUAACCCGGCCAACCCUUAUCAGAAUGCCGCCUCCAAUUUCCCAAGCUCUAAUCACAUGGAUCUUUUUCAUGCUCCUCCAAACUCAGCAGUUUCCUGUGCCUCCACACCAAUGAACCCUUACCAAGGAUCUUUAAAUCAAAGUAGUCCAUGUCCUCCGUAUCCAUGUAAUGGAAAUAUUCCAAUGGAAAAUUGUCCUCCAUAUCUAAGUCAUUAUACUCCACCUCAACAUCAUAUGUUUUACAGGUUUAAAAACCAAGAUCCAGCGGCUAAUUUAAGCAUGCCUCCAGUUCAGUCCUUGUACCAGCAGAGGUUUGCAAACAAUAAAUAUAUGAAUUAUGGAAACCAAAGCACACAAGUUGAAGAUUUUAAUAGCUGCAAUCUGAAACCAAACUCUGACCCCAUGGGAUCAUUUAACCCUUACCCUGUGCAUCAAGGAGAUAAUCACUUGAUUGAAGGUGUCUCAAAGCAAAACCCCAACCUUAGUAAUGCUGAUUACAAUUCUCUGAGUAAGAAUGGUGAUUACCCUCUUCCACACUCCUUCCGGGCUCAUGAAACCAAUGCAUCCAUGGGAGGCAGAGCAGGACCUCUGCACCUUCAUGGUAAAAAUAGUGACAUGCAUUCACAUGUAAUGAAUGGGAUACCUGAAAUGCUUCCAAGUCUUAAUGAUGACAGAACUGCAAUGGGAGGUCUCAGUCGAGUUAAUGGUGCUAAUGUUCAGGAAAAACUACCACAGGCCUCAGCAACUUCCCAAGAAGACCCACAAGAAGUGUGGUCAGACAGUGAGCAAAGCUUUCUAGAUCCUGAUAUAGGAGGUGUGGCAGUGGCCCCAACUCAUGGUUCAAUUCUCAUUGAAUGUGCAAAGCGUGAGCUCCACGCAACAACCCCUUUAAAAAAUCCAAAUAGGAAUCACCCUACUAGGAUAUCAUUAGUGUUUUAUCAACAUAAAAGCAUGAAUGAGCCAAAGCAUGGCUUAGCAUUGUGGGAAGCAAAGAUGGCAGGCAAAGCCAGGGAAAAAGAAGAGGACUGUGAAAGGUAUGGUCCAGAUUAUGUUGCUCCAAAAUCUUACAAUAAAAAGGCUAAACGGGAACCUGUUGAACCAACCCAUGAGCCUGCUGAACCAACUUAUCUACGUUUCAUCAAAACGCUCACACAGAGGACAAUGUCAAUGACCACAGACACACAAGUCACCACAUCUCCAUACGCCUUAACACGGGUUACAGGUCCUUACAACAGAUACAUGUAGUCUGUUGGGUUACCUCACAUAUUUCAGAUUGGUGCACCAUUUUCUGAUAGGCUUGUUCAUUCAUUCAUUGGUUGUGUGGAAUGCUGUGACUGAGAGGGGACAGUAUUUAGCUAAACAUAAAUGUGAUCUGUGCGAGAGAAUACCAGCAAAACCAAGAAAAGGUAUCGGCACCAUCAUAUAUAUCUUCUCUGACUAACAGGUCACAGAGUAUGUCAAAGAAUACAAUCACCCUAUGCAAAGGUGUUCAACAGAUAUCAACAGGUUUACUGGAUGAAGAAAAAUAGUAUUUUUUAUCUUUGACCAUAGAGCAUUGUACAUCUUUGACCACUUUUAUAUUAAAAAAUGUCAGUAGGAGCCAGAGAUAAAUUUGCUGUAGUAUAACAACAUCAGGAAUCUUACAAAGACCUUGCGGUGCUGACUUCUUAAUGUGCUAAAUGAUACUGGAAUUACAAUUUUUUUAACCUACGUUAUAAUAGCUUAAUAGUGACCUCCAGUGUACUGAAGGGAUGUAGAUACACAGAUCAUUGUUUUAAAGAAAACACUGAAAAAAUUUGGACAUUUAGAAAAAUUGGUGCUAUCAUGUGGGUCUCUAUGAAUGCUUAAUGCCUUGAAAGAUUAAUAUCAUUUAAUGAGCAUACAUAAAUUAAACACAUUUUAAAAAUGAGAGAAAAAGUACACCUUUACAUACAUUUUAUUGGUUUGUUUUAUAUAUAUUCUGUCACAUACUAAUUUACAAUUCAUAACAUUUAAUGAUCACGAAUGAAAGUCUACUAUAUAACCCACUAUAUCCUGCAUUGCAUAAAUUAUUUGUAUAUACUAUGUUUUUUUCUUAAAUUAAUCAGGAGGAAGGUUUAUUCCUUAAAGAAGCACAUCUGCAAAAAAUAUCUGGCUCGUUAGAUGGCACAUGAUGUAAGCUGUUAUGAAAGAAAAUACUUUUACUGGUUGCUGAACCACUCUGUUCUGGUCCUCUGCUGUGUCACGUGAUCAAAAUUCUGACUCUCCAACUGACACAGUAUCUUACGGUCUGGACAGGAAGGCCACUUCUCUGUUCAUUCGCAGUCUUAAAGGAAUGAGUAGAGAAACUGACUUCCUGUCUACACAGUAGACUGUAUCAGUUGAAGACUUGGUCACACGACACAGCAGAGGACCAGAAGGGAGAGGAUAACUCACAAAUACAGCCACCAGUAAGAGGAUUACCUGCACUACAAUUUAAAUCAUGUACCUUUCUAAUGGGACAGAGAAUAAAACAUUUUGUAGGAGUGCUUCUUUAAAGUAUUCUUUGGUGCUAACCUAAGCCAAAUACACAACAGUACAAAAAAAAAAAGUAUUGUUCUUGUGUUCAUAUAGGAGUAAUAUGAUUCUUAGUAUGAGAAGUUUUAGAGCAGAUUGUUCCUAAUCUAAUGCAAAAAAAAAAAUGCAUCACGGACGUCAUCCAUAUUUUUUGCAGAUCCAUGUUUUGCGGACUGCAAAAUACAUAUGGUCAUGUAAAUGCACCCUAAAGAUUAUUCUGAUUAUUCUGAUUAAUAUGUUAAUAUUAUGAAUUUAUUUAUUUAAUGAUGCACAUGCCUGAUUUCAGAGUAGCUGUACUUUUAGGGCAGUUUUGUCUUUAGCUAAAGGCAAAAGAAAUAAUGGAGAAAUAUACUAAAACUGACAUUUUAUACACCUGUCUUAGUAUACUCUCGUCUGGUACAGGAUGCACCAGAAGCUGAAAUCUACUCCAUGUAAGCGAUGGGGUAGAUUUCAGGUUUAACUUACACCAGUUUUCUGGCGGAGGUUAUCUUAAAACCACACCCUCCUGUCCAAGCCCUGCCAACUUUUUAGAAAAGAGUUGAGCGUGGCAUAAAGUGGGGAAUAGGUGUCAUUCUUUGUGCAAAAUAGGCCUUGUACAAAAAUGUGCAACCAGAAAACUGGUGUAAAAUCAUUAAUAAAUUCUCCAUACAGAUUAUUUUAAUAUAUAUAUAUAUUUUUUUUAUCUUAACCACACUAUUUACAUUACUAUAACUUGUGUUUUAAUGUGGUGAUAUAUGUAUAUUGCACCAGGGCUAGCAUGAGAUGUUUUGAACCAUACAGUUCACAUCCAUUAAACAGUCUUAUUAAUAAUUCUAGCUACAAGAAGAACCCAAUGUUCCUUUUCAUAAAUAUCUCUGAGAUUUAAUUUCUUUGGCUCUAGGUUUGCAUUAAAGAAACUUUAUGAAUCCUUACUCUACAUGUCCUUUUGUUUUACUUUUUGCUUGUUAAUACAUAUUUUUGACCCUUUUUUUAAGGUUAAUUGCAUGUUGUCAUGUGCUUAAUCCAACUCUACUGGUUCUGUCUGUAACCUGGGCUUAUCCACCUUGAAUUUCCCAUAACAACGAUUAUUGACAGUGAAACUCCUUACUGCUGCCAGGCUAUCUCUAAAUUCCUAUGACUGUGCUGUACUGAAGUAAAACAUAAUAUGAUGUACUGUCAUUACUAUACAGUAGAAAUGACCAUGAGCAUAGUGGACAGAUAGGUGGAAUCUACCUGAAAUAGUGCUUUAUCCUAUAUAUAGAGGUAUUUCUCUAUAGUAUAGCGCUAAGUUAUUUCUACAAAGAAAUCGCAGUAAUUUUUUAAGCUAGUCUGCGAUGAUAUAAUUUGAGCUAAAUUUACAUCUUUACAAAUUACUAUUUUGUUUAGCGAUACACUUUAUUAUUAUUUUUUUACCACCCCUCUAGAGGGGUAAGAUUGCGCCUACUUUUAAAAGUUGCAGUUGAUAAAUCUGUGUACACCUAAUCAACGUAGCUAACCAUGCUCAUUUUCCAUCCAUCAUUCCAUCCAAAAAAUGACGAGAGCAGCACUAACUUUUUGUGCAAAAAAUCAGUGUGCGCCACAAUUUGCCAAUCUUCAUAUCACUGCAAAUCAACAGAUACAUUUCUCCCAUAAUGUUUUGAAGGGCUUGUCUUAGUUCUAGUAGCUAAAGUUUAAUAGACAAACACAGGGGAUAAAAUAUGGCAGUAUAAGUAAUUAGAUCUCUACAAGCAGCCUGCAGCACUAUAAAACAUUGUCUUAACACACGUACAAACAUACAGAAAUGUAUGUACCCUGUAUUCCCAUCUGCAGUCAUUUGCAUGGCUUUUAAUCUCUUGACACAACAUAGUGGUGAGCUGUAUACAUAUACUUGCUUUUACUUUUACUUGCACACUUCCAGACAACCACCAAAACCAUUAUUAAAAAUUGUUACACAAGUUUUAAUUUUAAUUUUAAUUUUGUUGUAAAUAUCUAUAUUUAUUGUGUUCCAGUGGGACUUACUGACUGUCAUCUCUAAACCUAUGUAUAAAAUAUUAACUGUAUGAAUUCUGUUAGACGCAUGUAGAAAACAGGAGCAAAAGCAGACAUCAUGUUUUUAAGAAAUCAGAAAAAUGAAUUAGUACUUCAUUUAUAAUUUGUAAUUUCAUUCAAAAUCGUCUUGAAUUCAGUGAAGUUGUUUAGAUUUUAUACUAUGGUGGCAUGUGUUUUGUGACAGCACAUUAAUCCUGCUGGAACUGAGCUGGAAGUUUAGAGAUGAAUGCAGUAGAUGCAUGUAUCAAUAACGUUAUCACAAUUGGCUUUUUUUAUUAAAUUAAUUUUGCAGUGUAGACUUUCUUGGGAGAAUACAUGUCCCUAUAACCAAUGGUGCAUUUUAGGAUAUUGCAAGGCUUUCAGGAUUUAGAAUAUUUAUAGGUAGUUUAUAUAUUUUUUUUCUACCAAAGUUUCUUAUUGAGAAUAAUAUUUCAUUUAUGCAAUGCUGAAUUUUAUGUCACAGUUUACAUAUGAAUACAAUAAGCUAUCACAGAAAAUACUGGCUAAGUAGUACAUCUGCAUCACAGCUACAACGUUUCAGCACACAGAUAACUAGAUGUAUUCAUACGUUUGAACUUAUUUAGGGUUGUUUACUAACUGCAAAAUAUAUGGCGGUGCAGACAUCAAGUAAGAUUACUUAGAUGUUUCUAAUUUACCACCUUGGACUUACAUAGGCCCACUCUUUAAAAUCUACGAGGUUAGAAGUAACCUAAUAUAUGAUAACCAUUUACCAUAUUUUUCAGACUGUAAGAUGGACCAGACUAUAAAACACACAGGUUUACACUGGAAUACCGUAAAAUUAGGAAAAAAAAAAAGUUUGACUAGUUUAAGACUUCCCUGUGUUCUACGAUAAUGAAGGGGCUAACAUCAGCUUACCUUAUGAUCUAGUGUAGGGGUCAAUGCCACCUUCCUUGGUGAUCUAGGGCAGUGGAGAGGUCAAUGUCACAUUCUUCUUCUACAAUGGUGGAACAGUUAAUCUAGGGGGGCGGAACAGUUAAUGUAUGAUUCCCUGGGAUCUAGAAAAGUUAAGGACCUAAUGUUUGCUUCUCCGGUGGUUUAGGGUAAUAAUGGCAUGUUUCCCUAGUGGUCUAGGGCACUGAAUAAGUUGCUUCCCUGAUGGUUUAGAGUAAUUAAAAGGUUAAAGGGAUUUUUGGAACUUAAAUAUUAUUGAUCUAUCCUCAAGAUAGGUCAUCAAUAUCAGAUUGGUGAAAGUCCAACACCGGCACCCCACCAAUCAGCCACUGAUGCCAGAAUGUAUGCGGUGGAUGGAAGGCUUCAUUGACUGUGUAGCUUCUGACACUCGCCUACUUCAGCUCAGCUCACUUGAAUGGAAGUUGAGCUGCAGUAUUCCAGCAUUGCCACUACACAGUGAGUGGAUCCUUGUGAAUCUGGUUCCAGUGCUGGUGGCUGUUCAAAACAGCUGAUUGCAACUUGUCCUGAGGAUAGGCCAUCAAUGUCUAAGUACCAUAAAACCCCUUUUAAUGCACACUUCGCUCAUGAUACUAAGCUGGUGGAGGUAUUAAUACUUCUUGAUGAUUGGUUUACUUAUUUCAUAUACAUUUUACUCUCAUUGUUACAUAAAAGCUUUUAUCUCACACCCUAAAUUUGAUCUUAACAGUCUAUGAAUUUUU